AGCGAACACCUCGGGGGUAUAACUACGUUAUCCACAAUGCAACAGUGCAACUGCUUGCCCUCCCGGAUAUACGGCAAGUAUAGCCCUGAAGCAUUCUGCACAACUCCACCAAGAAGUCAUCUGCUGAGACUAUCCAGUGAGUAACAUGACGACCUUGCGCUUUGGACAGCACCUCAUCAAGGUCUCUGCCGUGUUCCUGCAGACAGAACUGUCCUUUGCUCUUGUCAACAGGAAGCCUGUGGUGCCUGGACAUGUGCUUGUUUGCCCCCUGAGACAAGUGGAGCGUCUCCGGGAUCUGGGUGCUGAUGAAGUUACAGAUUUAUUCAACACAACUCAGAAAGUUGCUAACCUGGUUGAGAAGCACUUCAACGCCACCUCACUCACUAUUGCCAUCCAGGACGGCCCUGAAGCUGGACAAACUGUGAAGCAUGUCCAUGUCCACGUGCUGCCCAGGAAGACGGGUGACUUUGAACACAAUGACAGUGUUUAUCGCGAGCUGCAGAAACACGAUGGCCCAGAUGAUGACGUUCCUUCCCAGUGGAGAUCGGAGGAAGAAAUGGCAGAAGAGGCCUCUAUCUUGAGGAGACAACUUGAGAACCCCUAGACGUCCAAAGUGUCCAAAGUGCACAUUUUCAGCCCACAUCUAAUUCUAAAGAUAGAACUCAACAAGGAACUCGCAAAAAAACAGCAGCAAAAACUGAAUAAAAAAGGAAGAAGUUAUGGAUCUUCUCUAUGGGUUACAUGUGAUAGUUUCAAUAUCAAAAUAAAUGCAAUGAUUUGUUAGUAAGUGACUUUGGGUGGAAAAGCUUUGGAGACAUGCCUGGUGCUACGAAAAAGCAGGGUUAUGAUGAUAUAAUGAAUAUGUCAAAACCAGUGAAGUUGGCAUGUUGUAUAAAUGGUAAAUAAAACAAAAUACAAUGAUUUGCAAAUCCUUUUCAACUUAUAUUCAAUUGAAUAGACUGCAAAGACAAGAUAUUUAAUGUUCCCACUGAGAAACUUUUUUUUUUUUUGCAAAUCAUCAAUAAUUUAGAAUUUAAUGGCAGCAACACUGUGGAGGGGCGCGUGGCCUGCGGGCCUGCAGCAAAGCGGGGUGUGCCAAAAUCAGUGACAGGUGCAUAGAAGGCCCACCUUGGCUUAGUUAUCUAAUCACCUGUCGCUCUGUUAAAAGGCAACAGCCGACAAGAGAGAGUUGUUGGAGCUGGAGCGAGAGCACACGCGAGAGCACGAGCAAGAGUGAUAAGAGGACACUUGCUGGAAAGCAAAUGGCGGCACAAUCAUUAAUAAAAACUCUAUUUUAACCCUGAUCCGGGCUCUCAUGGCAAUGCUUGGUGGUCUGGAGGACCCAUGGGAGGGCAACCUCCACAAACACAAUGCAAAAAAGUUGUCACAAGUGCCUUUUUACCACUGUGUUACAUGACCUUUCCUUUUAACAACACUCAGUAAAAGUUUCGGAACUAAGGAGACCAAUUUUUGAAGCUUUUCAGGUGGAAUUAUUUCCCAUUCUUGCUUGAUGUACAGCUUAAAUUGUUCAACAGUCCGGGGUCUCUGUUGUGAUAUUUUAGGCUUCAUAUUGCUCCACACAUUUUCAAUAGGAGACAGAUUUGGACUACAGGCAGGCCAGUCUAGUACCCACACUCUUUUACUAUGAAGCCACGCUGUCGUAACACAUGAUUUGGCAUUGUCUUGCUGAAAUAAGCAAGACAAUGAUAACGUUGCUUGGAUGGCAACAUAUGUUGUACCAAAACCUGAAUGUACCUUUCAGCAUUAAUGGUGUCCUCACAAAUGUGUAAGUUAACAAUGCCUUGGGUACUAAUACACCCCCAUACCAUCAUUAAUGCUGGCUAACAGUCCGGAUGAUUCUUUUCACCUUUUUUCCAGAGGACACAACGUUCACAGUUUCCAAAAACAAUUUGAAAUGUGGACUCGUCAGAUCACAGAACACUUUUGCAUCAGUCCAUCUGAGAUGAGCUCGGACCCAGCAAAGCCGGCGGCGUUUCUGGGUGUUUUUGAUAAAUGGGUUUGGCUUUGCAUAGUCGAGUUUUAACUUGCACUUACAGAUGUAGCAACCAACUGUAGUUACUGACAGUGGUGUUCCUGAGCCCAUGUGGGGAUAUCCUUUACACAUUGAUGUCGCUUUUUGAUGCAGUACCGCCUGAGGGAUCGAAGGUCACGAGCAUUCAAUGUUACAUGCAGUGGUUUCUCCAGAUUCUCUGAACCUGUUGAUGAUAUUACAGAACAUAGAUGGUGAAAUCCCUAAAUUCCUUGCAAUAGCUGGUUGAAACAUGUGGUUCGUAAACUGUUGGACAAUUUGCUCCCGCAUUUGUUCACAAAGUGUAGACCCUCGCCCCAUCCUUGUUUGUGAAUGACUGAGCAUGUCCAAGAUAGCUGCAUUUAUACCCAAUCCUGGCACCCACCUGUUCCCAAUUAGCCUGUUAAAAUGUGGGAUGUUCCAAAUAAGUGUUUGAUGAGCAUUCCUCAACAGUCUCAGUUUUUUUUCUUGUGCCAGCUUUUUUGAAGCGUAUUCCAAAUCAGGUAAUAUUUGCAAAAAAAUGACAAUGUUUAUCAGUUCGGACGUUAAGUAUCUCGUCUUUGCAGUCUAUUCAAGUGAAUAUAGAUUGAAAAGAAUUUGCAAAUCAUUGUAUUCUGUUUUUAUUUACCAUUUACACAACGUGCCAACUGCACUGGUUUUGGGGUUAGUACUUUAUUAGUAGCAAAUGUCCAUUAUAAUAAUAUGGCCAACUGGGAAUGGGAUAAAAUAAUAAUACACAAUAAAAAAAAUACAUAAAUACAUAAUAAAUUAAAGCUGCAAGCAGCGUUGGUCGGGCCCGCCUUUGGUUGCUGCCCCCAUGACCCAAGCCCUGGUCUAAGUCAGACCUACAUAGAGGUUUUUGUUUCAUGUCUUUACGACAUUCCUAACAGAAGUUAAAAGCAGUUUUGUGUGUGUUUUUUCCUAGGGGGCGCUAGAGCGCAAUUUAGAUUUAUGGGGUUUAGUUUUUUUAUUAGAUGGCAAUUUUCGCCAGUCCUGAUGUGUGUGUAAAAUUUGGUGAGUUUUGAAGCAUGUUAAGGGGGUCAAAUUACAGCUCGGCGUUUCUGGAUGUUGUUGAUAAAUGGCUUUCGCUUUGCAUAGUAGAGCUUAAACUUGCACUUUCAAGCAUUUUAAGGGGGUCAAAUUACAGCUAAAAGAUGCAAAAAUUACAUUUUUUUAGGUAACUUUGCGCAGGGGUUUGAAGGCGCGUAAAAUCAAAACCGGAGCAGUAAUCAAAACUCUGUGAAUAACUUUUAAUCAGAAGGGUUCAAUCUCUCUCCUGUGCGAGUUUGAAGCCGAAACGACAAACGCGCUCGGAGGAGAUAAUGUUUGAAAAAAGGUGACAGGUUUUUACAAAACUUUUAUUUUGAAGGGGUAAUUUUUAACUUCCUAUUGAUUUUUACUGAAUGAUAUCAAUUAUUAAAAUGUAGGUCUAAGUGAGACCUACAUAGAGGUUUCAUGUCUUUCCGGCAUUCCUACUGGAAGUUACAAGCAAUUUUGUCUGCGUUUUCUUCCUAGGAGCAGUUUUUGCUGUGUUUUAUUCAAAAAUUGCGCUAGAGCGCAAUUUUGAGUUUUGGGCUUUGUUUUUUUCAUUAGAUCGCAAUUUUCGCCAGUCCUGAUGUGUAUGCUAAGUUUGGUGAGUUUUGAAGCAUUUUAAGGGGGUCAAAUUACAGCUCAAAGAGGCAAAAAUAGCAAUUUUUGCGCAAAUUUUGCUUUUAAUGGGUUUUUGCAAAAUUUUUGCCGUAGAAAGUAAAAUUAUGAAAUCUAGGUCUAAGUCAGCCCUACAUAAUGGUUUUUGUUUCAUGUCUCUACGACAUUGCUAACGGGAGUUACAAGCAGUCUGUUUUUGUUUUUUUUUCCUAGGGGGCGCUAGCACGCAAUUUUAAUUUUUGGGGUUUGGUUGCUUAAUAAGUUGGGCCGCCGCACCAUACGGAUGUGUGUGUAAAAUUUGGUGAGUUUUGAAGCAUGUUAAGGGGGUCAAAUUACAGCGCGACGGUGCGGAAUAAUAAUUAUAAAGAAAGAAAGAAUAAAACCUUACAGUUUCAAUAGGGUCCUUUGGCCCAUUGUAAAUGGACUCCUUUGGGAGUCCUUUUACAAUGGGCCUGGCGGACCCUAAAAAUGUUAUACCACCUUUUUGAUAUUGUUGAACAUGUAUUGUGGUGCAUAGUUUAGGCAUUUGUCUUUUCAAAAUAAUACAAAAGUUAUUAGGUUUAUUAUUCCACGGAAAAAGGAUGCACAGACAUCUUCCUUGGGGUGUUUGCCUCUUUUUUUGUGGACACGUGAAUGCAUUCGUAAGCAUAAAGUAUAUUUAAGACCUGACUAACAGAAGACCUUCACAAUAUUUGUACAAAAAAAAAAGACAGAUGUGAUAAGACCGUGAAAAAGAAGAACAGAAAUAUUUGUUGAUUGCAUGUUUGCAUGUUGCCUUGUGAUGUGUCUUCCUAACAGAUGGCGAUGCUGUUCUGUAACAAACAGUAUAAUUCCAGAACAUUCACAUUACUCUGGCACUUUAUGUAAGUCUGGAUAUUCUUAACACACAGAAACAAAAUGUAAUUUGCAUGAAAAUGUAAAUACAAUAAAGCAGGGCUUUAUCAGUGAUUGGUGGCCCCAGCCAGUUUUC